AUGCCUUUAGAGAUUUCCUCAACCGAGCUGAAUCAUCAGCAAGACAUGUCGCUUAAGUACCUCGACUCGGCAAGAAAAAUUCUUUGCAUAGGCAGAAACUAUGCUGCUCAUAUCAAGGAGCUCAACAACAUGCCUCCAUUGCAGCCGUUUUUCUUCCUUAAGCCAUCUUCCUCAGUCUUGCGUCCUAACAACGGUCCAUUCUUGGUUCCAAAAGGUACAAAAGUUCACCACGAAGUUGAAUUGGCCUUCACUUUGAACAAGACACUCAAAAAUUUGCCUGCCACUUUUUCCCACGAGGAGGCUUUGGAUGCAAUUGAAGGUUAUGCAUUGACAAUUGAUAUGACCGCCAGAAAUGUUCAGGAUGAGGCUAAGAAGAAGGGUUUGCCCUGGUCAAUUGGCAAAGGCUUUGACACCUUCCUUCCUGUGUCAGGUUUCAUCCCAAAACUGCAGAUUCCAGACCCUUACAAGGUUCGCUUACAGCUUGCUAUCAAUGGUGAAACCAAGCAAGAUGACCUCACCGAUUUGAUGAUAUUCCCUAUUCACAAAAUAUUGAGCACCAUGUCAUCCAUCAUGACCCUUGAGAAGGGCGACCUCAUUCUCACUGGUACUCCUAAAGGCGUUGGCCUCGUGAGUCCCGGUGAUCAUGUCCAGGCCACUUUGAGUGUUGAUGAUAGGGUAUUGGAGACUAUUGACAUCAAUGCGGAGCAAAAAGAUGGCCCAUAUGAGUUCAAAGAAACCUAA